AAUGCUGCCAGGGCUCUAAAUCUUGUUAAAGAUAUCUAACCACAUGGUAUUAUCUCGAAUUUAUGCCAAAGUUGCGAUUUUUUUAGGUUACCUUGCUCCGGCAACUUGCGCUAUGGAUUCGCCGCCUAUUUCUGACAAAGCUCGUCCAUUUCCUCGCAUUGGCGCAGCACUAGUCCACUGGAUGAUGCCUCCAAGAUUCAGAUGCCCGGAUUACCACCGGUCCAUCUCCGCCGCCACCACCAUGCGCCGCCUUCUGCCGCUGCUGCUCACCGUUGCGCCAACCGCCGUCGCGGCCGCCGCCGGCGACGUGGAGUACCAUCAUUGCCACUGCGACGGCAACGGCGGCGGCGGCGGCUUCUGGAGCAUGGAGAACAUCUUCAGGUGGCAGAAGGUGAGCGACCUGCUCAUCGCCGCCGCCUACUUCUCCAUCCCCCUGGAGCUCCUCUACUUCGUCGCCGGCCUCCGGCAUCUCCUCCCGUUCCGGUGGGUGCUCGUCCAGUUCGGCGCCUUCAUCGUGCUGUGCGGGCUCACCCACCUCCUCACCGUCUUCACCUAUGAGCCCCACUCUUUCAUGGUCGUCCUCCUCCUCACCACCGCCAAGUUCCUGACGGCGCUGGUCUCCUUCCUCACCGCCAUCACGCUGCUCACCCUCAUCCCGCAGCUGCUCCGCAUCAAGGUCAGGGAGAGCCUGCUCUGGCUGAAGGCCCGCGAGCUCGACCGCGAGGUCGUCCUCAUGAAGCGGCAGGAGGAGGCGAGCUGGCAUGUCCGGAUGCUCACCCACGAGAUCCGCAAGUCGCUCGACCGCCACACCGUGCUCUACACCACCCUCAUCGAGCUCUCCCGGGUGCUGGAGCUCCACAACUGCGCCGUCUGGAUGCCGGCGGAGGAGAGGGGUGUAAUGUGUCUGACCCACGAGCUCCGGCGGGGCGGCGCCGGCGUCGAAGUCGUCGGGGUCGACGACGCGGACGUCGUCGAGGUGCGGGGGAGCGACGGCGUCAAGCUGCUCGGCCCCGACUCGGUCCUCGGGUCGGCGAGCGGCGGGGGCAAGGAGGGCACCGGCCCGGUGGCGGCGAUACGGAUGCCGAUGCUCAAGGUGUCGGACUUCAAGGGCGGCACGCCGGAGGUGAUCCAGACGAGCUACGCCGUGCUGGUGCUGGUGCCCCCCAGCGGCAAGACCUGGGGCCCGCACGAGAUGGAGAUCGUCGAGGUGGUCGCCGGCCAGGUCGCCGUGGCGCUGUCGCACGCGUCGCUGCUGGAGGAGUCGCGGGCGAUGCAUGACCGGCUGGCGGAGCAGAACCGCGAGCUGCUGCAGGCACGGCGGGACGCGCUCAUGGCGAACGAGGCGAGGCAGGCGUUCCAGGGCGUCAUGAGCCAGGGGAUGCGCCGCCCGAUCCACUCCAUCCUCGGCCUUGUGUCCAUGGUGCAGGAGGACAGCCUCGCGCCGGAGCAGAGGCUCGUCGUCGACACCAUGGCGCGCACGGCCACCGUCGUCUCCACCCUCAUCAACGACGUCAUGGAGAUGUCGGCCGACAGCCGCGACCGUUUCCCUCUCGAGACCCGGCCGUUCCACCUGCACGCCAUGAUCAGGGACGCCGCCUGCGUCGCCAGGUGCCUCUGCGACUUCCGGGGUUUCGGCUUCGCCGUGCACGUCGAGAACAUGCUGCCGGACCUCGUCGUCGGCGACGAACGGAGGAUCUUCCAUGUCCUUCUGCACAUGGUCGGCAACCUGAUUGGCCGCACCGAGCCCGGCCAUGUCACGCUCCGGGUGCGGACUGACGACGACGACGUGCCGGAGGACAGGCCCGGCCAGAGGUGGGAUCCAUGGCGGCCGUCCUACUCCACUGGCUACUCCUCAGUGAAGUUUGUCAUUGGGGUCAAGCGGCAACAGAACAGCGACGCCGGCUCGCCGCCGCUCUCACGGCGGCCGACUGGAAAGGGCAUUGAUCUCAGACUUAGCUUCAGCAUGUGCAGAAAGCUUGUGCAGAUGAUGCAAGGGAACAUUUGGGCAAUUCUUGAUCCCCAAGGCCUCCCGGAGAGCAUGACUCUGGUGCUGAGAUUUCAGCUCCAAUCGCCACUGACAUCAUCCAGCCUUGGAGGAUCAUUCGAGCAGAAGAACUCGUCGCCGUCAUUGCCGUCGUGCCAGAUAGCAGGCCUGAAAGUUCUGCUCAUCGACGACGAUGACGACAUCAACCUUGUGGUUGCUCGGAAGCUCCUGGAGAAGCUCGGUUGCGUGGUCUCCUCACCACCUUCAGGAUCAGGAUUUCUCAGCUCUGUUGGCUCCUCAGCAGCAUCAUGCCAGCUUGUCGUGCUGAACCUCGAAAUGAAGAGGGCGAACGCCCUUGAUGUCGCGACGAGGAUCAGCCAGUACAGGAAUAGGAGCGGUCGAUGGCCGAUCAUCAUGGCCAUGGCGUCCGACCAGAAGGUCUGGGAGAAGUGUGCUCAGUCCGGGAUCAAUGGCAUCCUCAAGAAGCCGGUGAUUCUGCAGGAACUGAAAGACGAGCUGGCGCGCGUUCUUCAGAGUACAUGAUGCUGCUGUCUGCUGCAGGCCUGUUGAUCAAGAACUCUGAAUUGGUGGAACUGGUGAAUCUUGUGACCUCGCCAUCCAGCAUUGCAGGAUGAACAACUUGAAAGAUCUUCACGGUGAAAUUGGGAAUAUCUCUGAUGAAAGGAAGGGCCAUGAACCACCAUCUUAUUCAGGCUUCAGUGAGCACUGCUGGCUCAUUCAGCAAGCAGCAACGCGAUGGCGUCUCCUGCAAAUCUUCACACAAAUUUUGUAAUAAGAGUGUGAGUAGGAAUGCAAGUUUUGUAAUGUAGUCUGCUCAUUCUAACGAUCUGAUGAUCGAGCUGUACAGCGCAUUCAGGUGAAGCCAAAGGGAAUUCCUACUUGACUCUAUGUAUCAAAGCAAAUCAUGAAAAAUUGGAAUGAGAUGUGUCCUGGCUCUCCACAUUUUGAGGUGAAAUCAGAUUGCACGUGACGCGGGAAUUGAUCAGAUGAGAAUCCAGAUGGUUGACUUGCUCGAAUCGAGUAGAGACAGACGAGGAGAUCAGGAGACAUUGAUCUCGAAGCGAGGCGACGGAGAGCGUGGCCAUGUGGGAGGUUGACGAUGAUCGAGAGAGAUUUUUUUUUCCUUCACGUUGCACUCAGAGAAUCACGGGGAGGAUUGGAUUGAGGAUUCCAAGGAAGGAUCAGUCCGUACCGGAUGCAUUCGCAGGAGCAGGCGCCACGUCGGGGUGGGCUGAUCCCUUCCCGGCGAGGAGUCCAUGAGCGCCGCCGGCGACGUUCCGCCACCUCUAGAUCCGGUUCGCCAGUGAAGCACCAGCCACGAGCUCGACGAUU